AAAUCUGGUUGCACAAUUAAAGCACGAGUGUUUGGUGUGAUUUUCUUUUCAAAAGGUCGAAGAUCCCAAAGGAUCUGUCAGAAAUAACGCCACCUCGAGGUUAAGUGACUGUCGGCGGAAGUGAAGUGAAAUCCAAUGAUGUGUUUGUUGUUGGAGCGGAAGCACAAGCCAGAGAGAGUUGUACUCGCGGGAAAAAUGGCGGAAAUGUAUCGUCUCCUAACAUUAUCAACAUCAGCGAUUCAAAAUAUUGCAAUAUAAACAUAGUCCGGGAUUUGUCGACCUAAGUGAGUCACAGCUGCGUCUUCAUGUGUGAGGCUGUGUUUGGAGAGGAAUGCAAGAUGCAACAAGAUUCAAUUAACUUUUCCUCAUCUGGCCACAUGACAGAGAAUCAAGUUAUCCCUCAAGAAUCCACAAUCAAGUCUUUCCAGUGUUGUCACUGUCCUCUCCUCUUCAAAUCCAAGGUCUACCUUUUUGAACACCUCAACACGGUGCAUGGCUUUGAUGUAGAUGCUGCUCUCAAAGAGGCUGGUUUGAAAUACCCUGGUAAUAACAAAGCCAACACUGACAACAACUGUACACGUUCAGGAGAUGAUUUUCAAUGCCAGCACUGUGAUUUUAUAGCGUGUAGUUGGGAUGUUUUAAACGAUCAUGACAAACAAUGUCACAAAAAAUUAGAAGAUCAGAAUGUGAUAGGAAAUCUAAACCCAGGGGCCAAGAUAACUGUCAUCUCAACAAACCAGCACAGUGGAGCUGCAGGAGCAAAAGAGACUACCCCCUCUUUUUCAGUUAUGUCUACCUCAAAUUCUAAGUACGCAAUUGUUUCGUCAAAAGAUCUGAAGACAUACAAGAGGCCAUUGCAAACAAUUACCAAGUACUUUGUGGCAACAUCUGGACCAAAUGUGAAACCCGCAGUGAAGUUAGCUGAUAGCUCAGAGCUUCCAGACAGCACCAAAGGAACCAUCAUUUUGCAAGAAUCUCCCUCAAGCUCUAGCCCAAACAGUAGUGGUGUGUUUAAAGUCACUGCAAAGUCCUUGAUUGAUAUCACCCAUGUGUCUCAACGUUUUUUGCUAGAUGACCACCUUUUAAAUACUGACCUGAGACCACCAAAGCCCAAGGAACAAUCAAAAGAGACAGUUCCUAGCAACGCUGGCAAGAGGACCAACAAUGAAAGCUCAAAAAGUCCUCCUGCUAAAAAAGCAAAGUCAGACAACGAGACGAAGCCCCCGGAGGAAGCAAGCGCAAGUAAACAGCAACCAUCGAGCAACACAGAGAUCUCAUUUGACUUUAGUGAAGAUGAAGGAGAAAAGAAGCUUCCGUUUACCACCGAUGUGUUGAAGGCUUUGAAAAAACAUUACAAGAAAAAUCACCUAAUACAUGCGGUGGAUAAUUCCUUGAUGUACUGCAGAUAUUCGGCGACUGGAUGCCAUGAAGGAUCAUCUCAGUCGAACAAAUGUGAAAAAGCACUCGGUCCAGAAAGACGAGGAGGGAUUUCUCCUGAGAGUGCCUGUUCAUCAAAUAAGGAAGUCAAAAAUCCACCCUCACCCCAACAUCCCAUCUCCCCUGGAGCAGAUGUGGGCUUCUAUCAUUGCAACACCUGCAAGUUUAGUCAUAAGUCAGUUGUUGUUAUGCAUGUCCACUACCAAAAAAGCCAUCCCGGUAAAGAAGUUACAAUGGACAAAAUCAAGUCAGCUCAUGUCACGUCACAUAGAACAUCACAGAAGAUUCCAGAUAAGACUCCAAACCCUGUGGCAAUCACUGGAACAUCUGCACAUCAAAUGAACAUCUCAGAUACUUUUAAGAAAACAAAAGACAAAGCUGAGCUGUCACAGCGUAAGCACGCAGCAGAAGAUUCUAAGACUCAUUCAGAGUCUCCCAAAACUAUGAAAGCGGAAUCUGCGGAAGACGGAAAUAAAGGCAAGCGGUCGCCUUCAAAACGAAUGAGAGAAAGGGAAAGUUUAACCCGCAUUUCACCUAUUAAAUUGUUCUACUGCCAGUUUUGCAGUUAUUCAAGCACCAACAUCAAAAGCGUUGUUGGUCAUCAUAACGCAAAACAUGCUGUGCAUGCACUAACAUGUAUUGAAGAGAUCUUAAGUUAUAGUGCUGAGGUGCAGAAAAAUAAACUUCAAAGUGAAGCUGAGGCCUCCCCAAGUACUAAAUCUUCAAAUACUAAAACUAAUAAACAAGUUAAAGUAUAUAGUGAAAAAGUUCAACAUGAAGAAGAGAAUGUUUAUGCGUGUGCAGAAAACUUGUUUUACUGCCAGAAAUGCAACUAUGGAAAUCCAUCUGUAAAAGGUGUAGCAAACCAUCAUUGCAAAAUUCACCGAAGUCUACAUUACAGCAGGGAACGCACUCUUGAACAUACAGCUUUGAUUCGGGAUGAAAUUGAAAAAUCUAAAUCUCAAGCAAAGGACUUCCCCUUCUCUACACGUCUACCUCUCCCUCUUAUAAAUGAGGGCGAUGAAGAUAUGUUCUUCUGCCACUUUUGCAACUAUAGGCAGUGUACUAAGGAGUAUGUACUGCGGCAUUACGUCAAAAGACAUCGGGGAUUUAUGGUUACGGGCGAACAAGUUUGUCUGUAUACCUCUGUGGUUCGUGAAAAGACUCAGAAAUCGCACCUAAAAACAACUGCAAAUCAAGAAGUCGAUCAUUUCAAAGUAAAGGAAAAUAAAAAAGCAGAAAAGCUUGGCAAAUCCGUCUCAGUUUCAGCCGCACCCUCAGUGACACCCUCACAAACACAGAGGACCCUUCAGUGCUAUAGAUGCGCAUACAGCACUCAAUAUGUGUGUGUUUUGAAGAGGCAUAUAUGGAAAGUCCACAGGGCAAACCGCACGGUCUCGAAUGUUUUGAGAAAGUGUUACAAACAAGGAUCUUUGCAGACGGGGUAUCACUGUGACAUGUGUGUUUUCUCUCACAAAGAUGCAGCAGUAGUUUAUGAACACUACCAUGAGCAACACCCAGGACGUAAGCCGAGCCUUGAUUACGUGACUAAUCAGUUGUAUGUCGGUCCCAAACUUCCUAAAAGGAAGAAACCUCAAAUAAAUCACAGCGAUGACACGGAUGGCAGAUCACCAUCUCAGAAACCUGGACAAAACGAAAGCAAGACUUAUUCGUGCAGAGCAUGUUCAUUUAAAGGCAGCUCAUUGUCAAUCCUCGCACGCCACUACCGUGACGUUCAUCCGUGGUCUGUGAAAGAAGACGGCUCGGUCCUGGGUGUCGUCAAAAACAAGAGACCAAGUGCGAGCAGGCUGGUGGAAGACCACAAUAAAUUGUCUGGGUCAUUCGAAACCUACCAGGUACCUCUUGAAUUUGAUGAUUCACCUGGUUUGUCUCCUGAAGAAACAGCAUCUUCCGAAAUGCUCACGUGCCCUAACUGCCCAUCAAAGUUUUACACCCAGCACGGUCUCAACACUCACUGUGGAAUGAAACACCAUGAAGCUGUAAAUGAAAACGCAGAGGAACCGCAAGAGCAAAUCCAAACACGCAUGUAUGUCUUUAAGUGUCCACAUUGUAGCUACGUGAAUACCAAUUAUCAAGGAGUUCUCACUCACUGCCAGAUGAUGCAUCCUGCCCUCGAAUCCAGGGCGGACAAUUUUCAUUUGGAUGAAGCACAUUUAUCCAACUGGGAUGACUGUUUGAAAAGAAAAGGUCCCGGCAAUCCUGGGAAUUUGAAAAUUAGUGGCUACAUGUGUUUAGACUGCCCACACAUCUGCUCAACGCUGGAGAAGCUGAAAAAGCACUGCGAGAAGGAGCAUACGGAGACGCCCACACCAUCAGCUGUGAGCAAACUAAAACAAUAUAGGACUCUAAGCAAUCGGCUACCAGUAUCACAGGUUUCCUUUUUAAGUAAGAAAGUGUAUGCAGUGGUUAGGUGCCAGUUCUGUGCUUACUGUUGCAGCACAAAACUUGCGCUCGGUCGACACAUGCUCGUUCACCACAGGAAGGCGCCUGCUGCCAAGGUUCAGGAAUCUGUGUUCAAGUGCAUCUUGUGUUCCAAUUCCUAUUUCACAAAAAAGCGUCUAAGAAGCCAUUAUUUUAAUAAACACGGAAGGGACAGCUUCUUAGAAUACUUUGCACCGGUAUACAAGAAGGCCGACGAGAAGCCAGAGCCCACAUCUCACGACCCUUUAACUCAGGCAACAAGAAAACACUGGUGAGGCAUUUGAAUCUAGCACGACGGCGGAG